AUGUAUCCGGUUUCUGUGAUCCUGAAGACCUUUGUGGUCUUUGCUAGCCUCAGCGCGGCUAGGCCGUCUUCCUGGAGCGUUCCGCCAGAGCACUUGGAAAUACUGGCUCUCCGUCGAGCCACGCCUCUGAACCCAGAUUCCGUUAGUGAUGUUCGUUGCUGGAACACCGAAGAGAAGAUCAUCUUCCACGAGGAAAACGCAGCCCAGCUCGCCAUCUGUGACGGUAUCUCAGGCGCCAAGUCCCAGUGCGGUGGAUCACCAGCCGUGACUGUUGGCAGGAAGGGCAGCGCCAAGUUCACCCUCACUGCCAUUGAAGACGGGGCCAAGAUCAACAUCUCCAAAGUCAGGUGGGAGGAGUGCGUCCAUGCUGCCCGUUCCGUGUGCCCUACUGGUAGCCUCUCAGCAACAUGCCGGGGCGGCGCGACCGUGGGCGACGUGGCGUUUGUUCUGGAGAAUCCUGCGGUGGAAGCCAAGCGCUGA